CAGAGAUAGUUCCACUAACAAGCCGGAAGCACAUGCUGGCGCGCUGCUGCUAGAGAUGUUUGUGUUUUGACAUGAAUACACACUUUCACAGCUGAGUGACGUUUAAGAUAAAUAAAGUUGCGAUCACCUUCAUAGAAUGGCAGCUACUGUAGAAGCGCCUGUCCCAGCGGAGCAGGACUCUGCGCGGUGCGGGACUGAAGAGGAGAACCGCGGGGCGGAGGUGGAGGAGAAGAGCCAGCAGCAGCAGCAGCAGCAGCAGACAUGCUCCACCGGGCCCGCCGUUCCUCACAGCCGUCUGUCCAAACUCCCUCUGGCCCGCAUCAAAGCUCUGAUGAAGACCGACCCAGACGUGUCCCUCGCCAGCCAAGAGUCCGUGUUCAUCAUCGCUAAAGCCACGGAAUUGUUUGUUGAGAUGAUUGCCAAAGACGCUCUUGUGUACGCCCAGCAAGGAAAGAGGAAAACAUUACAAAGAAAAGACUUGGACAAUGCUAUUGAGGCCAUAGAUGAGUUUGCUUUCCUAGAAGGUACGCUAGAUUAAAGAGUCCUUUGCGAGACCAGUGAGCAGACGUCAUUUCUGCCAUCAUCCAGGAACCUUCCUUUGCAGAAGCAGCUGUCGAUAAAUCUCUCUGGGACGUUUCUGAAUCAAACUCACACAUUCAGUGUUUAUUGACAACUUUUAUGCAUAGCUGAUCCCGUUGGAUUUCUUUUAACUGUAAUGUGUAUAUUCUUCUGUAAAUAUCUGGGUAAUUCUACCAUAGGUUGAAAUAAAUUUUAUGUUUUAAACAGCA